AUGCCGAUUACGGCACCGUUCAAGUUGGCGAGCCGCGAAUUUCGGGAUGAACCAACAGUUAUUGCGGUUAACGGCACAAAGAUUGGCGGAAAGCAGUUGCCUGUCAUCGCCGGUCCGUGUGCAGUAGAGAGCACAGAACAAAUUGUGACCAUUGCCCGGUUGGUCCAAAAAGCAGGCGCAAGUUUCAUCAGAGGCGGUGCCUUUAAGCCAAGAACGGGUCCCUAUAGUUUCCAAGGCUAUGGUGAAGAGGCACUCAAGAUGCUAAAAGCAGCGAAAGACGAAACUGGACUCGGCAUUGUCACCGAAGUCAUGACCCCACACGAGGUGGAACUUGUCGGCGAAUAUACAGACAUGUUCCAACUCGGGACCCGGAACAUGACGAAUUUUUACCUGUUGCGUGAGGUAGGACGGGCAGGGAAGCCUGUCAUUCUCAAACGUGGGAUGUCGGCGACAAUUGAAGAAUGGCUCCUCGCUGCGGAGUAUAUUCUCGCAGAAGGAAAUCCCGAUGUCAUUCUAUGCGAGCGCGGCAUUCGUACAUUUGAAACCCAUACACGUAACACACUUGACCUGAACGCUGUACCCGUCAUUCACGAAUUGAGCCAUCUUCCAAUAGUCGUUGAUCCAAGCCACGGCACCGGUAUCCGAAGCUUGGUGUGUGAUAUGACGAAAGCAUCUGUGGCUGCAGGAGCCGAUGGACUAUUACUUGAGGUGCAUCACGAUCCUGAUCAUUCAAUGACGGGAGAUGGUGCACAAUCGCUGUUCCCAGAUCAAUUUGAGACGCUCAUGCGGGAGCUGCAACCUAUUGCUAUCGCUGUCGGUCGUGAAAUCUAA